GGCUCCACUUUCCCGGUGGAUCUGAAUGCGGAGAGGGGGAGGCGGCGGCGGCAGGAGGAGGAGGAGGAGGGCGCAGAGAGGAAGGGAGCGCGAGGGACUGGCUGCUGCCGCUUCUCCUCCUCCUCGCCUACCGCGCACAGAGCCGGGCAGACAAAGGGGGGCGCGAGAGGGAGAGCGAGGGAGCUCCGCAGCCUCAAGGUCACUCGCUCCCCUCCCUGGCACAGCAGAGGGAAAAGAGGCGCGCGCGGGAGCGAAGCUGCCCUCCUCCUCUUACGCCGCCGAGCCCCUCAUUCCCAAUGCUGCCCUCCUCUCCUCCUCCCCACACCUCGCGCCCCUCGCCUUGCCAGCCCUCUCGGCUUCCCGCCCCUUUCCCCACCCUGCCCGUUCCCGCUCGCUGCGUGCGCGCCCGGCGGGCUGCGUGAGGUUUGCCGGGAGCCCUUCAGGCGCGAAGCCACCACCGGCUCCUCAGCCCGCCGUCGCCGGCACUUGGGCGGCAGCGGCAGCCCGCCGUGGAGGGUCCCCUCGCGGCGCUGCUCGGCUCUUUCCUCGCCCCGCCCGACAACCCCCUUUCCUCAGCCGGGGUGCUCCGGGCUUUUGGGGGACACCAUGCCGGGGGAGCCGACGGAUCCCGGGUCCCCACCGCCGCCCGGCCACCGCCAGCCCCGGCGCGACUGCGCGGGGGGCGCUCGUCGGCGCUCGGUGGCGGGAUAAUGUGCCGUCUUCGCCGCCGCGCCUGCUGGUCGCCCACCCGAGAGGCCCCGAGUCGCCGCCAUGUCCCCCCCAGCCUCGGCGGCCGCGGCCAGCAGCAGCGAGAGAGGCAGCAGCGCCUCGGUGCCUCUGGAGGAGGCGGAGGGGGCCCGAGAGGAGCAACGGCCUGUGAAGCAGUCGCUCAGCAAGUCGCUCUGUAGGGAGUCACACUGGAAGUGCCUGGUGCUCUCUCUCCUCAUGUACGGCUGCAUGGGAGCCAUGACCUGGUGCCAUGUGACGAAGGUGACCCGGCUGACCUUUGACAGCGCCUACAAAGGAAAGUCCAUGAUGUACCAUGACAGCCCCUGCUCCAAUGGCUACGUCUACAUCCCCUUAGCCUUCCUGGUGAUGCUCUACGUGGUCUACCUGGUGGAAUGCUGGCACUGCUACACCCGCAAUGAGCUCCAGUACAAGGUGGACGUGGAGAGUGUUCACGAGCGUGUCCAGAGGAUGCAGCAGGCCACACCCUGCAUCUGGUGGAAAGCCAUCAGCUACCACUACGUCAGGAGGACUCGCCAAGUCACCCGCUACCGCAACGGGGACGCAUAUACCACCACCCAAGUGUACCACGAAAGGGUCAACACCCACGUGGCAGAAGCAGAGUUUGACUACUCCAAUUGCGGGGUGAAGGACAUCUCAAAGGACCUGAUUGAUCUGGAGAACUUCCCAGCCACCCGGCUCCGCUUCACCAAGUGCUUCAGCUUUGCCAACGUGGAAUCUGAGAACUCCUAUCUGACCCAGAGGGCCCGCUUCUUCACAGAGAACGAGGGACUGGAUGACUAUAUGGAGGCAAGGGAAGGCAUGCAUCUUAAGAAUGUGGACUUCAAAGAGUACAUGGUGGCCUUCUCAGACCCAGACAACCUACCUUGGUACGUCUCCCACUAUGUCUUCUGGGUUGCUGCUCUCUUGACUUUGUCUUGGCCCUUGCGGGUCUUAAAUGAGUUCCGCACUUCCUACGUCCACUACCAUGUAGAGAAACUCUUUGGGUUUGAUUAUGUGGCAGUAACACCGGCUGAAGAGCGCCCUUUCUGCCGGAGGAUGCCCCGGGUCAACACGGUGGACAGCACUGAGCUGGAGUGGCAUAUCCGGUCCAACCAGCAGCUGGUGCCCAGCUACUCUGAGGCUGUCCUCAUGGACUUGGUGGGACUGUCUAGCUGCACUACCUACUCCUCCUGCCGCUAUGGGAGCUACAGACAGAACUGUGAGCAGUGCCACAGGACUAUAAGCAGUUCUUCCAUCUUCUCCCGCAGCGCCCUCAGCAUCUGCAACGGCAGCCCCAGAAUCCCCUUCAGCAGCAGCCGCUUCUCACUGAGCCGCCUCUAUGGCUCACGGCGCAGCUGCCUUUGGCAGAGCCGGAGCGGGAGCCUGAACGAGCAGAGCUGCCCAACUGAACAGACCCGCCUGUCCAGCCAAGUCACUGUGGAGGAGGAAGACCCUCCUCCUUACCAGGAUGCCCUCUACUUCCCCAUCCUCAUCGUGCACCGAAACGAGGGCUGCCUCAACCAUGACCACCGCCAUCUCCAUCGGAAUGGAUCCUGCGUGGAGACCUCGCUGUGAGGGUGUGAAAAGUAGCUACAGGAGAAGUGC